AUGAAGUCACGAGCUAGCAUAAAAAUUGAAUUGAACAUUUUAUGUUGGUUGCGUCUGAAUCAUGCGCUAGCAUUUUGCAAGAUGAUACAAAAGUGGAAAUGUUAUCUUUAUGAUAAUUUAUGCUUCAAUAUUGAAAUGCUAUCUUUGUUGUCUGUUUAUGGAACUGUUCUUGGAGACCUGACGCAACCUCAAAUUAUGCAUCGACACAGUUUUCAAACAAUUCAGUUGCCAACUUGA